UCAUCAUCAUCAGCAUCAGCAGCAACAACAACAAGAGCAGCACUUUAUCGUCGAUAAUGAUGAACACCUUGAAUACCUCCAUCGACAACAGCAAGAGCAAGAGCAAUUGAAUCAAAAUGCACAUUUAAAUCAAAAAUCUAUUACACUAUAUUCCUCAUCAUCAUUAUAUCCAUUGUCUUCUUCAGGAUCUUCAAAUAAUUCUUCAUCAUUUCAAUCAUAUUUUCUAUCACAAUUAGUUGAUUGUAACGAUAACCAACCACAACAACAACAACAACAACAACAACAAGAAUCACAUCAGUUAAAUCAUCAUUACGAUCAACAACAACAACAACAACAACAAUUAUCGGCUAAUAUAAUUAGUGGAUCAGGCGCUAAUCACAAUCAAUCAAAUAAAACUCAUCAUCUAAAUUCAACUGGUGGAUAUAGUAGUAGCAGUAGUGAUAAUAGCACUAAUUCAUCAUCAUCAUCUUUGUCUUUGUCAUCAUUAUCAUCGAAUUCAUCAUCACAAGAACAAAAUCAGGAACAAAAUAACGACAAUAAAGAAAUCGAUACUGGAUCCAAUCUAAUUACAUCGAACAGUCAUCACAAUAGUUAUAAAGAUCUAUCAUUACAACACGACCAUUAUAAUCAAUUACAUAAUCACAAUGGACAACAACUAAAUUCAAAUCAUUUACAAUAUGAAGCAGAUUUAAAUGACACCGCAAUCAAUAAAUCGGAUAAAAUUCUAAUUAAUCAUCAAUCAAUACAAAAUCCAUUUCAUCAUCAUAAUCAUUCACAGUUUGUUUAUCAACAUUUAAAUCGAAAUAAUGGUGAAAUUGAACAAAAUUAUGAUUCAAAUGUCAUAACCAGUGGUGAUCAGAAUUAUCAUUCACAUUAUCAACAACAACAACGACAACAACAGCACGACGUAUCAUUUAUUACUAAAUCUAAAGUCGAAAAAGACGAAGAAAAAAAAGAUCAAGAUAAAGAUUUUAAUAUUGCAAAUCAUUUACGAAUUGCAGCGAAAGGUCAACAAUCAACAACCAGAACAAUGUUUCAGAAUUUAAUGUCUGGCCAUUAUACCGUUGGUGGUAGUGGCGCUGGUGGCCAAAAUCACCAUCCUAAUCACCAUCAUCCUCAUCAUCAUCAUCAUCAUCACGCAGCAGUUGCGGCUGCCGCUGUACAACAUCAAGCUGAUUUAGCAGCCGCUGCUGCUGCUGCUUAUCAUAAUCAUCCAUUAUCAUCGAUGUAUGCAGCUCGUACACAAUAUGGUACAUCGAUUUCAACAUCAUCACCUGAACAUAAUAAUAAUGAUACAUCAGCUAACGAUCAACAACAACAACAGCAGCAGCAUCAGCAACAACAACAACAAAGUAAUAUCGAUGAAAAUAAUGGUGAUAAUAAUAAUAACAACGGUGAUGGUGCAAAUUCAUCGACGGCAGAUGUUGGUGAUGAAGAUGAUCGUGCGGCAACAACGCCUACAUCGUCAAUUCUAUUAACGAAUGGUAAUGCAAACCGAAGUCAAUCAUCAUCGUCAUCAUCAUCAUCAUCAUCAGCUACUGCUGCUGUUGCUGCUUCUGCAUUCCAGAAUUCUCAACAUUUUAAUAAUUCAACCACAAGCAAUGAUACAUCACCAUUCGGAUCGAAUAGAUUCCCAUUUCAGAAUGUAUCAUCAUCUUCAUCAUCAUGUUCGAUAACGGCUUCAUCGCCAAGUCCUACUGGUGUCCAAACAAAUAAUCCUAAUGGAUCGAAUGGUGGAUCAUCCAAUUCUCAACAACAAAGACAAAGAUCAAACAACGGAGAUGGUGGUGGUAGUAAUAAUGGAAAUGGAACAACAUCAUCAUCAUCGUCAUCAUCAACAAUAUCGGAUCCUCCUACAACAUCGUCAUCAUCAACUGCUGCAUCAUUAGCAGCAGCUGCAGCUGCCAAUUCAUAUGCAUCAACAUUUCGUUCAGCAACAAUGAAUGGUCUACAUCCGGCAUAUGCUGCCGCAUCAUAUGAAGCUGCAGCAGCCGCAGCUGCUGCAUGUGCAUGGGCCGGUAGGUUAGAACAUUCAGUACCAUCAUCAUUAACCGGACGUUUAACCGAUCCUCAUCAUCAUCAUACAACAACGGCAGCGGCUGGAUUUCCGGCCGGUUUAGCAGCUAGUCAAGCGGCAGCAUUCCGUAGAUCGGAUAAUCAUAACAAUCAUACGAAUGGAUUGGAUUUCUUUUUUGGUUCACCAGCAGCAGCAGCGGCAGCCGCUGCUGCUGCUACCGCUAAUUCACCGGUAACAGCUUCCGUUACAUCUGCUGCUGCUGCUGCUGCAGCAUCAGGACAAUUAAAUAUUGCAAAUAGUCAUCAUCAUCAUCAAUCAAAUCAGCCACAUCAUCAUCAUCAUCAACAUCAACAGCAGCAACAACAACAACAACAGCUACAACAAUCACAACAACAACAUCAUCAAGGACAUCAUCCAUCUCAUCAUCAUCAUCAUCAUAUGUCCGGUAUUGGAAUGUCAACAUCGCCUAUUAAUCAAGGUCUUAUUGGAACCGGUAGUAGUAAUGGUAUGAAUGGACCGGGUAAUGGUGGUGAUAUUUGUGGUGGUAAUAUGCCCGGUGGUUUAGCUGCGGCUGCAGCUGCUGCUGCAGCUGGACAAGCAGCAUAUGCAGCACAUUUUAGUGAAGGACGUGAAUGUGUAAAUUGUGGAGCAAUAUCGACGCCAUUAUGGCGCCGUGAUGGUACCGGUCAUUAUCUAUGCAAUGCAUGUGGACUUUACCAUAAGAUGAAUGGCGCCAGACGGCCAUUGAUCAAGCCUCAACGUCGUUUGGCUGCCUCAAGACGUUUAGGACUUUGUUGCUCGAAUUGUGGUACGACCACAACAACAUUGUGGCGACGUAAUAAUGAAGGUGAACCGGUCUGUAAUGCAUGUGGUCUUUAUUAUAAAUUACAUAAUGUAAAUCGACCAUUAGCAAUGAGAAAAGAAGGAAUACAAACACGAAAACGUAAACCGAAACAAAAUUCUGCUAGUUCAGCAGCAUUAAGUUCUUUAGGUUUAACCGGUGCAACGUUUGGUCUUGGUGGUGGUAGCAGUAGUGCACUUGGAUCAUUAGCAUCUGGCGUUGUUGCUAACAAUAAUGGAUCAAACAACAAUUGUAUUGGAUCAACAACAACAACAUCAAUGCAAAAUGGUGGCGGUUUACAAUCACAUCAUCAUCAUCAUCAUAAUCAUAAUCAUAAUUCAACCGGUGUAUUCCAUUUGAAUCAUAAUAAUAGCAAUAAUCAUCAUCAACAACAACAUCAUCAAUCUGGACAGCAACAAUUAUUACAACAUCAACUUGGUAAUGCUAAUAGCAGUAGCAAUAAUUCAUCAACAUCACCAUUAAAUAGUAACAGUGGCAAUAGUAAUAGUAAAUUAGGAUCAUAUCAUCAUCAUAAUAAUCAUCAUCUUAAUCAUUUAAAUCACCAUCACCAACAACAACCACAACAACAUCAUCUAAAUUCAUCUGUUAAACAUCGUUUUUAUUGA